AGGAAGCACGUUUUCUGCUCCUGAACUUUAAGUUGAGAUAGUUUUUAUUAGAUUUUAUACGUUUUCAAAAAUGACUCGGUGCAAUACAAACUGCAUUGAAAAGCCCAUGUCAAAUGGUUUUGGAAAACUGGGCAAUUUUGUUGGAAGGCAUCAUUGGUGUUUUUUUAUUAUUCCUCUGUUGGUCUCAGCUGGUCUCGGAGGAGGAUUCUAUUUCCUCAAAGACAGAGAGGCAAAUGGAAUUGAAGAGCAGUUUACACCCGUGAAUGGACCUGCUAAAGACGAGAGACUUGUUGUCAAAACUAACUUCCCAAACAAUGACAGUGAAUUCUCUCGCUUGAGACUAUAUACUGAAGGGACUUUUGCUUCUCUGAUUUUGAGUGACACAGUAAAUGUGCUCUCAAAUAACGUUUUUGCAAAGAUUGUUGAAAUGGACCAACUUGUUAAGGAUAUUAAAGUAGCAACAAUUGACUUCAGUGACAUUUGUGCUAAGAUUGCUGGAGAAUGUAUGACAAAUUCAAUUUUUGACAUUGUUAAAACUCCUGCUGAUGCUGAUAGCACACCCAUUACAUACCCAUUUAAUGGUAGUAUUUUCACUGCCUCUGAGAUUGGUGGUGUGAAACUUAAACCAGGGUCAGAACUAAUUGAGAGUGCAAAAGCUAUCAGGCUAUUUUAUUUCUUAAAUGAUGUGAACCAGACUGUAAAUACAAAGUGGCUGACAGAGUUCAUCAACAACAUUUCAAUGAUUGAAAACAACGAGAUGUCAGUUUCUUAUUUCACUUCACUGUCAAGGGAAGAGGAAUUUGAAAAGAGCACAGACUCCAUCAUCCCUUUAUUCUCAGUGACGUAUACCAUCGCCAUUACUUUCUCUAUCAUGUCAUGUAUGAGGUUGGACUGUGUGAGGAAUAAGGUGUGGGUGGCCACCUUCGGUGUCCUCUCAGCAGGCUUGGCAGUGGUGUCCAGUUUUGGGUUGUUGCUCUACUGUGGGAUGCCCUUCGCUACCACUGUGGCAAGUGCUCCGUUUUUGAUUCUGGGAAUCGGUGUUGAUGAUAUGUUCAUCAUGAUUUCUUGCUGGCAGAAGUCUCAAGUUAACCACAAAGUAGAGGACCGUAUGGCAGAGACGUACAAAGAAGCAGCAGUUUCCAUCACCAUCACAACACUGACCGACGCCUUGGCUUUCUAUAUUGGUCUCUUAACUCCCUUUGCCUCUGUGCAGUCUUUCUGUAUGUAUACUGGCACUGCAGUUGUAUUCUGUUACUUGUACAACAUCACUUUCUUUGGUGCGUUCUUAGCACUGAACGGACACAGAGAGAAAAGCAACAGGCACUGGCUGACCUGCAUGAAGGUACCAGAACCCAGCUCUGCCCAGUACAACACAUGUAGUGAAGGGGGCUACUAUGAUAAAGGGACAGGGAAGGAAGAACCAAUGCCCAUCAACAACUUUUUCAAGAACUAUUUUGGGCCAUUUCUGACAAAGAAGUUGACCAAGGGGUUUGUAAUGCUCCUCUAUGCUGGGUAUUUGGCUGCAAGCAUUUAUGGCUGCUUCCAAAUGAAAGAGGGCAUCGAUCUGAAACAGUUAGCAACUGAUGGCUCGUAUGUGGGUAGGUAUUAUGAUGACGAGGACCAGCACUUCUCAGAAUUCGGCCCAAAUGUGAUGGUUGUUGUGACAGACACACACUUCCGAUACUGGGAUGCUAAAUCCCGGGACAAACUUGAUGAUUGUCUUCACAAGUUUGAGGAUCUAACCAUUGAUAAUCGACCAUUGGUUGACAAAAAUAUGAAUAUAUCUUGGCUAAAUCAAUAUCUGACAUAUGGAAUUGCAAAAAAUUUGAGUCUUACUGACAAAAAAAUCUUCAUUGAUAAUUUACCAAUUUUUUUCAAUCUUUCAUCUGCCACACACGCUUUUAGACAGGAUCUUAACUUUUCAGUGACUGAAGGGCAUAUUUAUGCCUCCAGAAUGUUUGUCCAGACAGUUGAUAUUCGGACAGCCAUUGAUGAAAAGGACAUGCUGAAUGAGUUCAGAAAGACAGCUGAAGCCUGUCCUGAGGCCUUGGUUGUCUACCACCCUGCUUUCAUUUUCUUUGAUCAAUAUGCAGUCAUUGUUAGUAACACCAUCCAAAACAUUGUUGUAGCCACUGUUGCUAUGCUUGUCAUCUCUCUUCUGCUAAUUCCCAGUCCCAUAUGUUCCCUAUGGGUGACCUUUGCCAUUGCCUCGGUCAUAGUUGGAGUUGCUGGUUUCAUGGCUUUAUGGGAUGUUAACCUAGACUCUGUCUCCAUGAUCAAUCUUGUCAUCUGCAUCGGGUUCUCAGUGGACUUCUCUGCUCACAUUUCUUAUGCCUUUGUCACAAGCAAACAGCCCACAGCUGAUGACAAAUUAAUAGAGGCUGUUUUUAGCUUGGGGUAUCCUAUCAUUCAGGGGGCUCUGUCUACUAUUUUAGGAGUAGUGGUUCUGUCUGCAUCUGAGAGCUACAUCUUCAGAACAUUCUUUAAAAUAAUGUUCCUUGUCAUUUUGUUUGGGGCUUUACAUGGUGUGACUUUUAUACCAGUGUUUCUAAGCUUCUUUGGAAAAUGUAGCACUCAAAUCAGUGAUGAAAAGAAGAACAAUGAUCAGUCUGACACAUCCAACUCACCAGUUAACAUGUAUGCAGAUCAGAUGAGUUUUAGCAAAUCCGAUGAUAAUUUAAAUGUCUCAAAUACUGGUGAAAGGGUGAAUUAUGCAUUUGAUCCUGACUGCUUCUAAAGUAGAUUAUCAAUGUACCGCUUAGAUUUCCUACUGUUUGAGAACCACACAAUAGUUGAAAAACAGUAUGUGGAACUCUUCUCUGUCUUACCAUUACAGAAAAGAUGUAACUCCUAGUGCAAUAGUUCACCUUUAUUGACCUUCCCACUUACUAUGUAACAGUGCAUUCAUUAUAUUUGUU